CCUCCUUUGCACCCUCGCGAUUGGGCUUGACUACGAAAGACGCCGACCGCCUCCCACCGCGGCCUGUGCAACUUGGACGAAAUGUCGUGGAAAAUCACCAAAAAGCUGAAGGAGACCCAUCUGGGUCCCCUCACGAGCACCUUCUCCCGCUCUCCCUCGACAUCCACCAUUACAGACAAGGACGAGAAGAGCCAGCCUUCCCUCGCCGGAACGGCGACUCCGACAAACGAAAACAAUAUCGCUGCUUCGGAAGCCCUCUCCCAGACACCGCCCAUCAAGGCCCCGAAACCGGGCAUCCUCGUCGUCACGCUCCAUGAAGGGCAGGGAUUCUCGCUCCCAGAGCAACAUCGCAAUGCCUUCAGUUCGUCCCACGGCGGCAGCUCCCUCUCGACGGGAAACGCCCUCAGCAUGGCCGGCUCGACCCGGCCCUCCUCUUCGUCCCGGACACCCGGCUUCGUUGGCGGCCGGCCGCAGACCGCUGGCGGUUUUAGCGGCAUCCCGACCAACCACGGCCGGAUUUCCACAAAGUACAUGCCCUACGCCCUCAUCGAUUUCGACAAGGUCCAGGUCUUUGUCAACUCGGUGGAGGGCACCCCCGAGAACCCGCUCUGGGCGGGCUCCAACACGCAGUACAAAUUCGACGUCUCCCGCGUGACCGAGCUGGUCGUACAUCUCUACAUCCGAAACCCGAAUUCGCCCCCGGGCUCCGGGCGGAGCCAGGACAUCUUCCUCGGCGUCGUUCGCAUCAACCCGAGAUUCGAGGAGAGGCAGCCGUACGUCGAGGACCCCAAGGCCAGCAAGAAGGACCGGGAGAAGGCGGCCGCAGAGCACGCCAACCGCGAGCGCGCGCUGGGCCACAGCGGCGUCGAAUGGGUCGACGUGCAAUACGGCACCGGCAAGCUGAAGAUUGGCGUCGAGUAUGUCGAGAACCGAGCCGGCAAGCUGAAAAUCGAGGAUUUCGAGCUGCUCAAGGUGGUCGGAAAGGGCAGUUUCGGUAAGGUCAUGCAAGUGCGCAAGAAGGACACGAAUCGAAUCUACGCGCUCAAGACCAUCCGCAAGGCGCACAUCAUCUCGCGGUCCGAAGUGGCCCAUACGCUCGCGGAGCGGUCAGUCCUGGCCCAGAUCAACAACCCCUUUAUCGUGCCGCUCAAGUUCACUUUCCAGAGCCCGGAAAAGCUCUACUUCGUUCUCGCCUUCGUCAACGGCGGUGAGCUCUUCCACCACCUCCAGAAGGAGCAGCGUUUCGACGUCAACCGUAGCCGGUUCUACACGGCCGAGCUGCUGUGCGCCCUGGAGUGCCUCCACGGGUUCAACGUUAUCUACCGCGAUCUCAAGCCCGAGAAUAUCCUUCUCGACUACCAGGGCCACAUUGCCCUCUGCGACUUUGGGCUCUGCAAGCUCGAUAUGAAGGAUGAAGACCGCACCAACACGUUUUGCGGAACGCCCGAGUAUCUCGCGCCCGAGCUGCUGAUGGGCAACGGUUACAACAAGACGGUCGACUGGUGGACGCUCGGCGUCUUGCUCUAUGAGAUGCUGACCGGCCUCCCGCCGUUCUACGACGAGAACACCAACGAGAUGUACCGCAAGAUCCUCAGCGAGCCGCUGCACUUCCCCGGCCACGACAUUGUGCCGCCGGCGGCCAAGGACCUGCUGACGAAGCUGCUGAACCGCGACCCUCAACAGCGCCUCGGAGCCAACGGGUCUGCCGAGAUCAAGGCGCACCCCUUCUUCCACGCCAUCGACUGGCGGAAGCUCUUACAGCGCAAGUACGAGCCGACGUUCAAGCCGAAUGUGGUCGACGCCCUGGACACGGACCAGUUCGAUCCCGAGUUCACCUCGGAGCCGGCCAAGGAUUCGUGGGUCGAGGGCCCGGUGCUCUCCGAGACGCUGCAAAACCAGUUCGCCGGUUUCAGCUACAACCGCCCGAUUGCCGGACUCGCAGACGCCGGCGGCAGCAUCAAGGACCCGUCUUUUGUGGGCAGCAUCCAAGGCAGCAUGAGAUAAGGGCGACGGUUGGCAGCGAGGGACACGGUUCGGGGGCUCUGGGUGGUGCCAUGGCGGAAGGCCCUGCGUCUUUGCGGGCUGCCGUGGGCCCAAGAAGAGCGGGGUUGGUUGCUUGGCGAAGACGCGGUGGGGAUGAUUUGGACGGGGUAGUCCAGGCGAGAGUCGCGAGACAUCGGGAACAGCCAGCGCGAAGCAGAGCCAAGACUCUUUUCCCAUUUUGCUUUCGUCUUUUUCUUUUCUUUAGCUGGGGCUCAGCGAUUGCAAGCCCAAGCGCUUUUGCAGCGGACAGCGCAUACACCACAUUUCCACAGCUUUUGGGAUUUGGGCAUGGUCAUUGGGGGUCUGAUCUUUGGUCCUUGUCUUUUUCUUGCGUUCUUUGUCGUUUCUCUCCGACUGUUUCCAUUGAAUUAUCUGGGAGGGGGGGAAUGAGGGAAGGAGGGCUGAAGAGAGUGUCGAACACACUCACACAGCGAAGUCAGCCAGCGGGCCGAGACAGACAAAAAAAAAGAAGAUUCGAUGCGAGACUCGGCAGCCACGCCCAUCGCAUCAUCGCAUACCCCAGCUCGUUCGUCCGAAGUCGGGUGAUUGAGGGGCUUUCCAGUGCCUUCCCUUAUCCACGAGCCACGAGCCCGGUGUGCCUUAGGGGGCAGCCUGCCUGGGAUGUACGUGCGAUGUUUAUGUUAUCGCCAGCCCGGCAGGAUUUAUCCCGUCCACAAACACCCCCGCGCUAGCGCUCUGAGGCUCUUAUUCAGCGCGCUGAGCGAAUUGGCUAAAUCGGCGGUGGAGCACAGUCGAACUGUCAGGCGAGGGGCUUGACACAUCGAGACCGACCGCGGAAGGUGGGGCAGUUCCGGAGAUGC